UUUCCACCAUCUUUUUUUGUUAUAAUGGUGCAUUUGACCACUCAUUUAGCAACCGAAGCAAGGAUAGCUGGUCCAGUACAUUAUCGUUGGAUGUAUCCGAUUGAAAGGUACCUAUGCACUUUGAAAAAUUAUGUACGAAAUAGAAGUCGGCCUGAAGGUUCAAUUGCAGAGGGGUACCUAGUUGAUGAGUGCUUGACAUUUUGCUCUCUCUACUUGUCUGAUGAAGUGACAACUAAGUUCAAUCGAUCAAGUAGAAAUGAAGAUGGAGGUGAAAGUUCAACUGAAGGACUUGAGAUUUUUUCUAUACAAGGUCGGCCAUUAGGAAAAGGAAAUUCAGUUGUAAUGGAUGAUGAAACCAUAAAAAAGGCACAUCAAUAUGUGAUAUUCAAUUGUGAAGCCAUGGAUCCAUAUAUCAACCAACAUCGUAAAUUGGUUGAAGAGCAGCAUUUGCGUAGUUCAAAACAUGAAAAGGAGCGGAUUCAUAGUGAGACAUUUGCAAAUUGGUUUGACAGCCAUGUGGAUGAUUUUCUACCCGAGAAUGAAGUUAUCUCAAAAGAUUUGAGAUUAUUGGCCAAGGGUCCAAAUGUUGUGGGUUUGAAGUAUGAGAGAUACAUUGUGAAUGGUUUUAGAUUUCAUACAAAAUAUUUGGAGAGCAAAAGAAAAAAUCAGAAUAGUGGGGUGAUUGUUACUGCAAUAACAUCAAGUUUCGCAAGCACCAAGGAUAUGAAUCCGGUUUCAAGUGACUUGGCCUAUUAUGGUGUCUUAAAGGAUAUUCUGGAAUUGGACUAUGGUGGAGGUCGAAGAGUGGUUUUGUUUGACUGUGAUUGGGUCUCUAAGGGGAAACGAUUGAAACAAGAUGAUGAUGGGUUUACACUUGUGAAUUUUAUGAAUGUGAAGCGCCACCAUGAACCCUUCGUUCUUGCAUCCCAAGUGAAACAAGUAUUUUACGUGGAGGAUCCUUUGGAUAAGGGGUGGAAUGUUGUUAUUCCAACUGUACCACGAGAUGAUUUGAAGAUGGAUCCCAUAGAUGUUGAGAUGUACUUGCAAAGUCAGCCUUCAAGUAGUCAUCAAAGAGAGACAUUUGAUGAUAUUAAUUGGGUUCGAGAAGGUGUCAUAGGAGAAAUAGUUGAUACUACUAGAGUGGCAUCUAGUUCCAAGGGAUGAUCUUUGGGU